CGCAAUCUCGCGAGCUGUUCAUCUAAACUACUUUUUGUUGGUGCUACUCGAUAUCGACUGUUGAGUUAGCUGUCCACCACUCAUAAACAAUGGACUGAGCUUCAUGAAGCAGGAUUCAGUGUGUCUCUCCUGGACUUGACACAGAGAGGAUGUUCCCCUGUCUGGCCCACAGACCAUGGCAAGUCCUCUGCCGGGUCUACCUGCAACAACGAGCCCCUCUGUCUCAGAGAUCCUCCAAAAUUGCAAAGCCCUGUUUUGGUUGGCAAAGUAGAGGAGGUGUGCACAAACUCUGGUUUAGCGUUCCGGAUUUCAGGGUCACUUCCUUAACAUGGACACAGGUCCAGAAUUGCUCGACAUCAGGAAGUGGUAAAGAUGGAUCUCCAGCCAGACCCGAAGAACCAAAAACUACUGAGAAAGCACAAGCUACACAGCCUGCUGCAAAAGGAGCUGGUUCCAAACUUCAAGGUCUGACGAAAGCAGAGAGCAUUCAAGUGAAAGUACGGGCCGUCCUGAAAAAAAGAGAAUAUGGCCUCAAAUAUACCCAGAAUAAUUUCAUCACCGCGGUUAGAGCUAUGAAUGAGUUCUGCCUCAAACCCAGUGACCUAGAGCAUCUUAGGAAAAUCCGUCGGCGUAGUCCCCAUGAUGACACUGAAGCGUUCACCGUGUUUCUGCGAUCGGAUGUGGAAGCGAAAGCACUGGAGGUAUGGGGAAGUCAGGAGGCACUUGCUCGAGAGAGAGAUCAGAGGAAAGAAGUGGAAAGGGAGUACCAAGAAAACAUAUUCAGAAAUCAGAAGCUGUUGAAGGAGUACAAAGACUUUUGGGGAAACACAAAGCCUCGGUCUAGAAAGAGGGCGACAUUUCUACAAGGACCAGGAAAGGUGGUGAUGGUAGCUAUAUGCAUAAAUGGACUUAAUUUUUUCUUCAAGCUGUUGGCGUGGGUUUAUACAGGAUCUGCCAGUAUGUUUUCAGAAGCCAUCCACUCGCUGGCUGAUACCUGCAAUCAGGCUCUUCUUGCACUUGGCAUCAGUCAGUCUGUCCGCAACCCUGACGCCAUCCAUCCGUAUGGCUUCUCCAACAUGCGCUACAUUGCCUCUCUCAUCAGUGGAGUCGGCAUCUUCAUGAUGGGUGCUGGCUUGUCCUGGUAUCAUGGUAUUAUGGGACUCCUGCAUCCUCAGCCAAUCGAAUCACUGCUCUGGGCAUACUGUAUUUUAGCAGGAUCUCUGGUAUCUGAAGGAGCUACACUGUUAGUGGCCAUAAAUGAGAUCAAGAAGAGUGCACAUAAACAGGGCUUGUCCUUUUACGAGUACGUAAUGCAAAGUCGAGACCCCAGCACUAAUGUGGUCCUGUUGGAGGAUGCUGCUGCUGUGAUUGGGGUGGUGUUGGCAGCUGGAUGUAUGGGACUUACAUCUCUUACAGGUAACCCCUAUUAUGACAGUCUGGGCUCUCUCGGUGUAGGUACACUGUUAGGAACGGUUUCUGCGUUUCUCAUCUACACCAACACUGAGGCUCUGCUGGGACGCUCCAUCCAGGCCGAGCACAUGCAGAAGCUCACAGAGUUUCUGGAAAACGACCCUGCUGUCAGGGCGAUUCAUGAUGUAAAAGCCACUGAUAUGGGGCUGAGCAAAGUGCGCUUCAAGGCUGAGGUGGACUUUGAUGGACGGGUGGUGACGCGCUCAUACCUGGAGAAGCAGGACAUUGAACAGAUCCUCAAUGACAUUCAGCAGGUGAAGACACCAGAGGAGCUGGAGAACUUUAUGCUGAAGCAUGGAGAGAACAUCAUUGACACCUUAGGAGCUGAAGUGGACCGACUUGAGAAAGAACUCAAGCAACGUAAUCCUGAGGUGCGGCAUGUGGACCUGGAGAUUUUAUAAUGUCAUUGAAGAGUGAGAAUCAGAAUGGAGCUGAAGGAGAAGUAAUCAAACCUUCCUGUCCCAUUCUCUCUAUACGGCCAAUCAGCUGAGGUCUUACAUCACACCUACCCCACGCUCCAGCACUGUCCUGUACAUGGUUUCAGCACAUAUGACAACAAAACCUUAAAAGCCAGUACAGAUAAAACUCCAUAUACAUGGAGGACAGUUGUAUUUUACAGUCAUUGGAUAUUUGGUUCAGUGGUAGUCUGUAACAUCAGCGCUUUAAAAUCAGGUCCAUGCUCUGUAAAAGGACCGGUCUUAUUUCAUUUGGCUCUUUGCAAGCAGAGCAGCAUAAACACUCACAUUUCACAAGAGUUCUUGCAUAACACCAGACUAUUUCUGAAGAGGAUGUCUGGAAAUAGUUCACUUGAAGGGUAAAGGUUUCAUUCUGCUACGUGAAAGCACAGGUUUAGAUGAUAUUAGAACUUUUCCCAUAUUACUAGGAUGUCUUUCAGAUGCUAAGACAUGAUGGCAUGUUUAAAUGAUGCCGUUAUCACUGAAUGAUAUAAGCUGAUUUGAUAAUUAUUUAUUGAAAUUAUGAAAACAUUGAACAGUAAUUGUAAUCUACUGCAAAUAAUUAAGUUUUUGUAAUAAUAUUUGAGCUUUUUCUGAUCGAUUUAUAAUUUACACUUCGAUAAAGUAGUGCUACUAUCAUAUAUUCUAAACUCUGUUGAUAAAUUAUAUCCAAUUGUAUAGAUAAAAAGAGAAAUUUAGCCCUAAAGAUUCACAUGGUGUGGAGUGCAAGUCUCAAAAACCCUUCCUCCUGCUGCUUCUCAUCUGGUUGUGUUGUAUUUUUGUGUGACUGAAUGAAUGUUGAAGGCAUUUGUAGAUCUCCAAAAACCCUUUUGUGUUUGUAUAAAGUCACUAAAAACACAUUCUGGGCUGGCAUUGUUGAGUUACAGGUCAGUUUGUGAACACUAGCCCUUAUUUUUCCAUUGUAAAUAAUUCCUGACUGUGAAGAUACAACACUCAGAUUUUGAUAUCUGAAAAAAAGCAGCGUUCAUCCUUUUGAAAAGCUCUGUGUAAACAUGCGGACAGUUCAUUGUGUAGUUUUGUGCUCGCCUGUGCUGGGAUCUAGUCUGUUUAAGGUUUUUAAACUAACAUUGUAAUGUGAUCAGAGCUUUGAAACUCACUCAGUUCCUCUCAGACGUUUCUUAUGCAGGUUGGAUGAAACACAUUCAAGGUCAAAAAUGAAGUUGAUAAGAGUUUUGGAAAAGGCUUAUAUAUUUUAAAUAUGUUUAUUGCCAGAUUGCUAUUUGGAGAGAUCUCUGGAGAUACCGAAGAAGAUGGAUGAAUAAAUUGAUAUUAAUUUAUUACACCAUUGAA